AUGUCUUCGAUCGAGCUGAUUGAAGUGGUCAGUUUGUCCGCUUGGUUUGCUUCUGCUCCUCCCUCCAACUUUGCCAUUGUUGCUGUUCGAGCACAAGGGGGCUGGUACUUGACUGUCGUGCACUCGCCGAGACUGUCGACAGUCGGCAUGGAGGAGGCCGCUGCGGGCAGCCCGUUGGACAACGCGCUCUUUGCCGACUGCAAGGCUGGCAACCUGAAGAUUCUCUUGGAGCAGCUGGCCGACCUCAAGCCGUCGGUUGCCGGAUCCAUCCUUGACUCGGAUGGCUGGGGACCUUUCCACUACAUUGCCAUGAAAGGCCACAUCGAGCUGGCCAAGGCGAUGCUCGCACACGGUGUGCCUGUCGAUGUUCUCGAUCGAUUCGGUGCCACCCCAAUGUACCGUGCGGUCGGGUUUGGCCAAGUCGCGAUGGUUCACUUUUUGGCCGAAAACGGUGCCAAUCCUCUCGCCGUCAAUGAAUCAGGCCACAACAUGCUUCACAACUCUGCGCGCAAUGGCAACUCGGAGCUGACUGAGUUUUUCAUCAGCAAGGGCGUAUCUCCAAUCCACAGAGACAACGCAAGCCACACUCCACUGAUGGAUAUGGUCAAAAACACCCCCGAGGAGUGCGUCAAGUGGCUCGACACGCGAACCAAGGUGCUGGACAAGUACAUGCUGAUGGUGCACUCGGAGCACGACUUUGACGGCAUCGACGAUCUGGAUGGUGCGACCGGCGACAUGACCCCGUUGGAAUUGAUUGUCAAAAAGCGCAACCACGAGCUCAUUAGCCACCGUCUCAUCCGGAAGCUGUGCGACUGGAAGUGGAGAGUGUUUGCCCGUCGCUUCUUCUUGCGUCAGUUGCUCGGGUAUCUGUACGCGCUGGGACUUUUGACCUACAUUUGCUUGGCGGUUGUGGCCUUCCCUGGCACAGUUCUUUUCAUCUACGACAGCUCCCAGGCGUACUUCCGCGCGGUCAUCGAGAUUCUGUUCCUCAUUUUUGUGUUUUCGCAGCUCUUUGACGAAAUUAUGGAGUUUAUCAAUUCUGGAAAAGACAUUGUCCACGUACCCGCGGGUGCCGGCGGAUGGCUGCUGCGCGUCUUCUUCCCGAAAGCCAUCGACCCUGCGUUUGUGCAUGCACGCUCCGUCUACGUGCCCCGCUAUCUGCGCGAUCUUGGCAACGUGUUUGAUCUGACCACCUACUUUAUGGUAGUGAUUGACAUGGGCAUGCGCAUUGCCAAUAUUGUCGCGUACGAAUCUGGCAACAUCCCUCCAGUCUCGGUGCAGUACGAGUACAACGUCCUGGCCAUGGUGGCAGUUCUGUACUGGACCAAGUUUUUGCGCAUUGCCGCUCUGUUCAAGGUGACUGGUCCGCUUAUCGAGACGAUCAAGUACAUGAUGGUCGAUUUGGUCAUUUUCAUGGCAAUCUUCACCGUUUUUCUGAUGGGCUUUUCCAUCGGGUUUUUCGUUCUUCUGUCGCCCAACUCUUCCGCGCCCAUCGCAGCAGCGGGCACCCCAGAUUACGAGAGCUUCCAACAAUCGCUGCUCACCGGUCUCCUUGGCCUGUUUGGCGAGCUCAACCUGAAUCCCUUCCGCGUCGCCGACAAGUCUGUGGCCUACCUCGGCUAUGUCGUCUUUAUUAUCAUUUCCAACAUUGCCCUGCUCAACUUGCUCAUCGCCAUGCUCAGCAACACGUACGCAACCAUCAAGUACGUAUCGGACAAUGAGUUCUUGCUCGUCCGAGCCCGCUACAUUCUGGCCGUCCAGAAAAACCUGGGCCGGAAGAAUGUCCAAGAGCAACUUGCGGCCGACUUGAAGCGCCGGGAAGCCCAGCACACGCAAGUGAUUACUGAAAACAACACUCCUGAGGCUGAGUUCACCCACACGAACAAGUACUCUGACUGGACCAAGGUCAAGGAGACUCAGGAACAGCGCGAGGUCAACCUCCAGUUGCUCCGUGAUGACAUUUUCAAAAUGUCCGGCAAGCAGUUCCAGGAGAUGCAUGAAGUCUUUGGCAAGAUGGCCGCGUCCAUCGAGCGCCUGGAAAAGCGUAUGGCCAGGAUGGAGACCCAUGCAUAAAUCAAGUUGAAACGAGGAGAAUCGUUUCCAAGCAUUGAUUAUAAAUAAGCCUGCUAUUUUUAGUGCCUCUCAGUACCAUUUGUCUCUGGUGAAUGUCGUGUGGUGUUUGCUCUUGUACAAACGAAGAAACAAAUAAAAAC